AUGCCAGUCACGCGUUUCCCCUGGCGGAACUAUGUCAAGGGUAAGGUACAAAAAGCUGGCAGUACCGUCUUGGUGGCUGAGGUGGGGUCUCUGAGCCUGGAGUUCACCAAGUUGUCUCAGCUAACAGGCGAUAUGCAAUAUUAUGAUGCUAUACAACGCAUAUAUGACGAUUUGGAACAAGGCCAGGGCAUGGGUCUCCUUCCUGGAAUGUGGCCAGUCGUGGUCGAUGCCUCCAAGACCCCUAUGGCCUACAAGGGCGACUCGUUCAGUCUCGGCGGCAUGAGCGACAGUGUUUACGAGUACCUGGGAACGCAAUAG